AUGAUUAUGAGAGCAGGAAAUUACCUCUUGUCACAACAGCAGCAGAAUCCAGGAUCCGAUGGUGAUAUCCGGACGCUGUGGAUCGGUAAUUUGCAGCCGUGGAUGGACGAGUUCUACAUCAUGAGCAUCUUCGCUCAACCUGGCGCGUGGUUUCAGGCUCAGUCGGCUAAAGUCAUUCGCAACAAGGGCUAUGGAUUCAUUGAGUUUGCCAACCAUGGUGUAGCUGCGUGGGUUUUGCAGGCUUACAACGGUACUCAGAUGCCCAGCUGUGAGCAGACCUUCAGGCUGAACUGGGCUCAGUCCGGGGCUGGAGAGAGACGCCAAGCUGCAGGACCCGAGUACACCAUUUUCGUAGGCAACCUGGCUCCUGAGGUCUCUGACUACGUGCUCACGCAGACAUUUAAGAGUGUAUACCCGUCUGUCAAGGGGGCAAAAGUUGUGACUGACAGGACCACUGGGCGCUCUAAGGGAUAUGGUUUCGUCAGGUUUUGGGAUGAAGGUGAGCAGAUGCGUGCCAUGACCGAAAUGAUUGGUCAGUACUGCUGGACCAGGCCUAUGCGUAUUGCUCCGGCUGACAACAAGCAGCCUCUUACAGUGGGUCCAGGUAUGUUUUACAUUAAGAAUUUGCUUGCUCUGAGUAUGUUCAAUUUAGUUUCCUUAGCCUUGUCGAGUGGUUUUAUGCAGUACAAUAGAUUCCUUAGCCUUCUCUCCCGUCUGUUGUUCGCAGCUAUGUAUCAGGACAACCAAGGAGCAAAUCCGGGAGAAAGCGAUCCCAGUAACACAACGAUACUUGUCGGAGCUGUUGAUGUUAGCGCCACAGACGAUGAAUCCAAGUCGGUAUUUGGUCAAUGCGGAGAGCUAGGUCAUGCGGAAAUACCUCCAGGAAAGAGUUGUGGUUUCGCUGAAUCUUCCAACAGGGCGUCUGCAGAGCAUGCACUUUCGAGGUGGGAUGGACAGAGCGACCGUGCUCACAAGAAGGGCCGCACGGCAAACGCAGCACCAUUUAGUGGUUUCCCAACCGACCUCGUAGAGCAUAUCCUUGCUGGAGUUCCGGGGAGAUCGACAGCAAACUUUGGUCACAUAUGCAGAGAAUGGAGAUCCAUACUUGCCCACCCGAACUUUAAAAAGUCGUUCCUGACUAGGGGUUAUAGUUUUCGACGCCUGCUCUUGCUCACAUUCCGAGAUAAUGGCCAGAGACUCUCCUUCUCUUCACCUCUGGAUUCAGAUGGCAAGAACUCUCUUGUACUCUCCCCUUACCGUCCGUGCCCUAGAGAUCUUUCAGAUAGAGUAGGUUGUCCACAGGAGGGAUUCAUCACUGGUAGGGUUCAAGAAGCUGGCAUUGCAAUUUGGAACCCCCUCACAACAGAGUUGGUAUCUUUACCGGAGGUGGAACUCAUGAGCGGUGUUGAGGCAAUUCCGUUUCUAGGAUAUGAUCCUACGGAUGUACAGUUCAAGGUAUUGUGCAUCAAAGCCACGCAACUCCCAUAUGUUAAUGUGAAUCUGAGCAUGGCGAAUCAAGGGAAUAUGAUUCUGACAUUGGGGAAUGGACAACAUUUGUGGAGAUCAGUCAAUUCCAAGCCCCAUCAUCCUUUAUCUAAAGGAGUUUGCAUAGAAGGUACUUUGUAUUAUACUGCUGGGGUUUAUAGCUGGAUGAAGGUGUCUAUGGUCGUCUGUUUCGAUAUAAGAUCCGAGGUUUUUAGAUAUAUCGACAUAGAAGAAGGCACGAGCAGAUUCAUGAAUUCUUCUUCUACUCUAGUCAACUACAAGGGUAAAUUGGGUGCACUUCAGUUCACAUUUGCCUACCCUAAACGUCUUGAGCUCUGGGUGCUUGAAAAGUCUGAGACAUGGUCUACAACCAUAUACGAGUUUCCUGAGUCUUUUGGAAACAUUGUUGAGCAGACCGAGUUAACCAUUGUUGGAAUGGACUCGAGGGAUACAGAUACGGUUUUGUUGGCGCCCCACUUUCUCUCUUCGCCGCCCUUCUACAUUUAUUAUUUUGGACUGCAGAGGUGCACUGUCACUCGGGUUGAAAUACAAGGGUUUGGAAAAGUCAGCCAUAAGAAGGUUGACCUACGUCUAGGCUACAUUGAGAACUUGAAAACACUGGCUGACUAUGGCAACUAG